GCCACGCGUCACCAACAUGGGCGACCGAGCGCUGAACUGAGCGGCGUCCAUCGGGCCCGACUGCACGGAGAGCGCCUGGGAUUUACCGCACCUGCGAGUGGAGAAGCGGGGCCUGGGCCGGGCCGGCGAUGACGGCCUGAACGGGGAACACGUGGAGGAACGAGACAUGAAAGAGAAGCAACUCCCCGAGCCACAGCGACAGUAUUCAAAGACCGAGAGCAACAAAACCAAGAGCAUGUUUCUGUCUCGGGCUCUGGAGAGGAUCCUGUCGGACAAGGAGCUCAAGCGCAGUCAGCACAGCCAGCUGCGCAAGGCUUGUCAGGUGGCGCUGGAGGAGAUCAAACUUGAGCUGGAAAAGCAGAAGGAUGGCACUGUAGUCCCACCAAAGGCCAAUUACAUUGAAGCUGACAAGUAUGUCCUUCCCUUUGAGCUGGCAUGUCAGUCGAAGUGUCCACGUAUUGUCAGCACCUCUCUGGAUUGCUUACAGAAACUCAUUGCUUAUGGCCACAUCACGGGGAACGCCCCGGACAGUGGCGCACCAGGAAAACGGCUGAUAGACCGACUGGUGGAGACUAUCUGCAACUGCUUUCAGGGUCCGCAGACGGACGAGGGUGUGCAGCUACAGAUAAUCAAGGCUCUUCUGACCACAGUGACAUCUCCUCAUAUAGAAAUCCACGAGGGCACAAUUCUGCUCACUGUGCGCACCUGCUACAACAUAUACCUGGCCAGCCGCAACCUGAUCAACCAGACCACAGCCAAAGCCACCCUAACUCAGAUGCUGAAUGUCAUCUUCACACGCAUGGAGAACCAGGCGGCUCUGGAGGCUCAGGAGGCAGAGAAGGAGAGGCAGCGACUGCAGCUUCCAAAUUCUGUCCCAGGACCCCGAAACCCCUCACCUGUUCCACAAAACCAUUCCCCCACCUUAGGAAGAGUAUCUGGAUCACCACAACCCGGACGUGCUCAGUCAGAUCAAAACGGCCCACCCUUGUCCUCUUCUAGCCCCACAGAACCCUCCUCCACAUCCCCUAUUCCUCAGGACAACUCUAACUUCGACAGACCUACAGAGGAAGGUGUGCCAUCACAAGAACAGCAUGAAAUGGAAAGCUCACAGCCAGGUCUUGAGUCCGGUCCCCCUGUUCCCAAGCCGCCGGAUGAAAAGGAUCCUGAUAGAGAGGAGAUCCUGGAUGCUGAGUCAGAGCAAACCUCAGAGGCUCAGGAGGAGGCAGAGCCAGACAGUGGCCUUGGAGAGAGCUCUGUGGAGGGAGGUCUGGACCAACAUUCUGACUCUGAGGGCAAAGUAACCCCCACUGCUGUCAGGACAGACACUCAGCACUUGAAUGGUGUUGUGGAUGACCGAGCUUCCGUGUCCUCCACAGAUAUUAUGGAUGCAGAGGCAAUGCAGAAUACUCAGACAGCUGCUCGCUUCUCCCACAUCCUGCAGAAAGAUGCCUUCCUGGUGUUUCGCUCCCUCUGCAAACUGUCUAUGAAACCCCUGGCUGAUGGCCCACCAGACCCCAAGUCUCAUGAGCUGCGCUCCAAGGUGGUUUCCCUGCAGCUGUUGCUGUCGGUUCUUCAGGGAGCCGGUCCUGUGUUCCGAACACAUGAGAUGUUUGUGAACGCUAUUAAGCAGUACCUGUGUGUAGCCCUGUCGAAGAAUGGUGUCUCUUCUGUGCCUGAAGUGUUUGAGCUCUCUCUGGCCAUCUUCCUCACUCUGCUGUCCCAUUUCAAAGUGCACCUUAAAAUGCAGAUAGAGGUGUUCUUCAGAGAGAUUUUUCUCACCAUUCUAGAAACAUCCUCCAGCUCCUUCGAGCACAAGUGGAUGGUCAUCCAGACACUGACUCGCAUUUGUGCAGAUGCUCAGUGUGUGGUGGACAUCUACGUGAACUAUGACUGUGACCUGAAUGCGGCAAACAUCUUUGAGCGGCUGGUGAAUGACCUUUCAAAAAUUGCUCAGGGUCGGAGUGGACAGGAGCUGGGCAUGACUCCACUGCAGGAGCUCAGUUUACGUAAGAAAGGCCUAGAGUGCCUGGUGUCCAUUCUGAAAUGUAUGGUGGAGUGGAGCAGGGACCUCUAUGUCAACCCCAACCUCCAGGCCAAUCUAGGCCAGGAGCAUCAGGCAGAAGGUGAAGCAGAGCCGAAGCUUCCUGAGCACCUAUCCUCUCGCAGGGACAGUGUCAGCUCUCAGGACUCUGCUGUUUCCUCCAGCGUUCAGCAUGACCACCCUGAACAAUAUGAAGUCAUCAAACAGCAGAAAGAGAUUAUUGAGCACGGCAUUGAUUUGUUUAAUAAAAAACCCAAGAGAGGAGUUCAGUAUCUGCAGGAGCAAGGCAUGCUGGGAACCUCCGCAGAGGAUAUUGCUCAGUUCCUGCAUCAGGAGGAGAGACUUUGCACAACUCAGGUUGGGGAGUUCCUCGGAGAGAAUGCAAAGUUCAACAAGGAGGUGAUGUACUGCUAUGUGGACCAGCUGGACUUCUGUGGAAAGGAUUUUGUGUCAGCUCUUCGCACUUUCUUAGAGGGAUUCAGGUUGCCCGGAGAGGCGCAGAAAAUUGACCGACUCAUGGAAAAGUUUGCAGCUCGCUAUCUGGAGUGCAAUCAAGGUCAGACGCUGUUUGCCAGUGCAGACACAGCCUACGUUCUUGCCUAUUCCAUCAUCAUGUUAACCACCGACCUACACAGCCCCCAGGUGAAGAACAAGAUGACAAAAGAGCAAUACAUUAAGAUGAACCGUGGCAUUAAUGACAGUAAAGACCUCCCUGAGGAGUAUCUUUCCUCCAUUUAUGAUGAGAUUGCCGGAAAGAAGAUUGCCAUGAAGGAGAGUAAAGAAUACUCAAUCACUCCUAAAUCCAGUAAGCAAAGUGUAGCCAGUGAGAAGCAGAGGCGGCUGCUGUAUAAUAUGGAGAUGGAGCAGAUGGCUAAGACAGCUAAAGCUCUGAUGGAGGCAGUGAGCCACGCUCAAGCCCCCUUCUUUAGUGCCACCCACCUGGAGCAUGUCCGGCCCAUGUUCAAGUUGGCCUGGACGCCCCUGUUGGCUGCAUUCAGUGUAGGCCUGCAGGACUGUGAUGACCAGGAGGUGGCAUCUCUGUGUCUAGAAGGAAUCCGCUGUGCAAUCAGAAUUGCCUGUAUCUUUGGCAUGCAGUUGGAGCGGGAUGCGUAUAUUCAGGCCUUGGCCAGGUUCACUCUGCUCACAGCGAGCUCCAGUAUCACAGAGAUGAAGCAGAAGAACAUUGACACCAUAAAGACCCUCAUCACUGUUGCCCACACUGACGGAAACUACCUGGGCAACUCCUGGCAUGAGAUUCUGCGAUGUAUCAGUCAGUUGGAGUUGGCGCAGCUGAUUGGCACGGGGGUGAAAACACGUUACAUCUCUGGUGUAGUCAGAGAACAAGGAGGUAGCAUGAAGAGCUUUCCCACUGGAGGAGAGGAGUUCAUACCUUAUGGGUUGGGCACACUCGUUGGGGGUCAAGACAGGCGCCAGAUGGCUCAUAUUCAAGAGUCAGUGGGAGAGACCAGCUCUCAGAGUGUGGUGGUGGCUGUGGACAGAAUUUUUACUGGAUCCACCAGGCUUGAUGGAAAUGCAAUUGUGGACUUUGUGCGCUGGCUGUGUGCAGUCUCAAUGGAUGAACUGGCCUCUGCCCACCAGCCGCGCAUGUUCAGCUUGCAGAAGAUUGUAGAGAUCUCCUACUACAACAUGAACCGUAUCCGUCUGCAGUGGUCCCGCAUUUGGCAGGUUAUUGGAGACCACUUUAAUAAGGUGGGCUGCAAUCCUAAUGAAGACGUGGCCAUCUUUGCUGUGGACUCUCUGAGACAGCUGUCCAUGAAGUUCUUAGAGAAGGGAGAGCUGGCCAACUUCCGUUUCCAAAAAGAUUUCCUCAGGCCGUUUGAACACAUCAUGAAGAAGAACAGGUCUCCCACUAUUCGUGACAUGGUGAUUCGCUGUGUGGCUCAGAUGGUAAACUCACAAGCUGCUAACAUUCGCUCUGGCUGGAAGAAUAUCUUCUCAGUGUUCCACCAGGCGGCAUCAGAUCAUGAUGAAACGAUAGUUGAGCUGGCGUUCCAGACAACUGGUCACAUCGUCAUGCACACGUUUCAGCAGCACUUUGCAGCAGCCAUUGAUUCAUUCCAGGAUGCAGUGAAGUGUCUGUCUGAGUUUGUGUGUAACGCUGCGUUCCCUGACACUAGUAUGGAAGCCAUCCGGCUCAUUCGCCACUGUGCAAAAUAUGUGUCUGAUAGACCACAGGCACUGAGGGAGUACACUAGUGAUGACAUGAACGUUGCUCCUGGAGACCGGGUGUGGGUGCGAGGUUGGUUCCCUAUCCUGUUUGAGCUUUCCUGCAUCAUCAACCGCUGCAAGCUGGAUAUCAGAACAAGAGGCCUGACGGUGAUGUUUGAAAUAAUGAAGAGUUAUGGACAGACCUUUGAGAAGCACUGGUGGCAUGACCUGUUCCGUAUCGUCUUCCGCAUCUUUGACAACAUGAAGCUUCCAGAGCAGCAGACUGAGAAAACAGAAUGGAUGACCACGACGUGCAACCACGCCCUGUAUGCCAUCUGUGAUGUUUUCACACAGUUUUAUGAGCCGCUCAGCGAGGUGCUGCUGGUUGAUGUCUUUGCUCAGCUGCAGUGGUGCGUGAAACAAGAUAAUGAGCAGCUGGCACGUUCUGGCACCAACUGUUUGGAGAACCUGGUGAUCCAGAAUGGAGAGAAGUUCAGCCCAGAGGUGUGGGACAUCACGUGUGCCUGCAUGCUGGAGAUAUUCCAGUCUACCAGUCCUCACGCCUUGUUGACAUGGCGACCGGCUGGGCAGGAAGAGGAGGUGGGAGAUGGAAAGCACAUGGACGUGGAGGUGGACUCUCAGUCUCAGAGCAGCUUUGAGAGGACACUGUCAGAAAGAGGACACAGUCAGAUGUCCACUGCCAGCGAUGAGGGCUGGAGAGGAAAGCCCCAUGCACGGGUUUCGGACCAGAGGCUGUUUGCGGGGCUGCUCAUAAAGUGCGUGGUUCAGCUGGAGCUCAUUCAGACUAUAGACAACAUCGUCUUCUAUCCUGCCACCAGCAAAAAGGAGGAUGCUGAGAAUAUGGCGGCUGCUCUGAGAGACGCUCUGGAGGACACUGAGGAAAGUGAAGCACAGGCUGAGUCAGAGCAGGGAAUGUACAAGUACCUCUCUCCCCAGCACCUCUUCAAACUACUUGACUGCUUGCUGGAGUCCCACAUGUUUGCCAAGGACUUUAACUCAAACAACGAGCAGAGGACUGCACUCUGGAGGGCAGGAUUUAAGGGCAAGUCCAAACCCAACUUGCUGAAGCAGGAGACCAGCAGCCUGGCCUGCAGUCUGAGGAUUCUCUUCCGAAUGUAUUCAGACAAGAGACUGGAGGAAGCCUGGCCAGACAUCCAGACGCGGCUGCUACUUGUGUGUAGUGAAGCCUUGGCCUACUUUAUCAGCUUGACCUCAGAGAGCCACAGAGAAGCCUGGACCAGCUUACUACUGCUUCUGCUCACUAGAACCCUCAGACUGUCUGAUGACAAGUUUAAGCCGCACGCCUCCUGUUACUACCCCCAUCUGUGUGAGAUGAUGCAGUUUGACCUCAUCCCUGAGCUGCGAGCUGUCCUGCGCCGCUUCUUUCUCCGCAUAGGUUCAGUCUUCCACAUUGCCGCGCCCGAGAUGGCGGCCGCACGAGCGCCGGCCUCGUAGAGCACAGUAGGUCCUGUGUCUUUACAGAAAAUGGAAUGGAGGGGUCGGGAGAGCUGCAGCGUGCGAGGACCUUCAGCGGUGCGAGGAAGCGUGCAGGAGGGCUUGGAGCUGAUGCUGACACUGCUCACCCAAAGUCAUACUCUGUGUCUGGAUCUCCUGACCUUUUCCCCUCAGCCCUUAAAUCCCCCCCUACCACCCACUCGGGAGAGAGAGCAGCACUGUGUGACCCAGCAGGGCUCUCCUCUCUUCGACAUUGUGGCUCAAGUGCAAUCAUAUUAAAGUCAUACAUUCUAAAAGGGAGGGGGGCAAUACAGCAACAACAACAAUGAUGAUGAUGAUGAUGAUGAUAAUUUAUUAACAAUACUGUUGUGUAUCCUGUUCCUGAUUGUUGGUCAGUUGAUUUGUGUUUUGUUUUGUUUGUAUUGUUUUUUUUUUGUCUUAUGUUGGAAUUAUUUUUGUCCUUAUUUUAAUAAGCAAACAGACAGUGAUUUCCAAAUGCACGGAGCUACAAGAUUUGAAAUAUCAUAUCAAUCAAUUACAAGCGUGUAAUUUAUAGCAGGUUUGCUUAUCUGUGCCUAUGCAGAUAAAAGAGUGAGACUUAUCAUUAAAGCCUCAAACAGGAGUCUUGGCAAGUGGUGGAACGGUUUUUGGUCCUGCUUUAACAGCCCUGUGACAUUUAUGAAGAAAACUAAUUCAAAGCAAGAGUUCUUGGGGUGCCUGAGCUAUUUAGGUAGUUUCUUAUUGGAGCUUUAAUGACUGGGUAAAUAUAUACAUUAUUUAUUACAAGCAUAUGCUCAGCAACCUCGCAUUUACACACCAGAAUACUGAACAACAAGUAGCCUUGGGUUGUGAGUAUCAGAUGUUUAAAUUAAUAACGGGAAGAGUCUGGAAUAAGGUGAUAGCCUUUCAUAUUCUCUUGGAUUUGUUCAUGUCUAUGAACCAGAAGCUGUCUGUAGUUCAACACUCUUACAGUGAAACGUAGCUGCCCCUGUGUUGGCCUGGGAACAGGGGUGAUGUAACAUGGCUGCACUCCAAAACACUUCUGUUGGUUUCAUUUAACAUUCCCUCAAGGACCCCUCCUCCCUCACUCAGCAGUACACACUAAUUUUUCCUGCGUGAAGCGUACACAAUUUUCUCGGCCUCUGGAUUGACAGUUACAGAAAGGCUGGGGUCUUUAAGCAUUCCUGAUUUUUUUUUUCUCUCCACAUCAUAAAAGUCUGUCACCUAAGCUGCUCCCCCCUCAUUUGAUGACUGUGUGAAUGAGUGAGUCUCAUUUGUUAGCUUGUGUCAUAAUCUUCCAGCCAGUGUUGCCCUACCAACACCAAGCUAAAGGAAAAAGAAAAAAUACAAAAAUAACUACAUAUACUGUACAGUGCAGACGUGUAUGUUUGUACUCAAAUCUCUUAACAGUAUCAAGCCUCUGUAUUACUAGAGCACAUAAAGCUCCGGGUGCAUUUUUAUGCGGAUGUAUUUAAUUCUAUGAAGUGCUUUUAAAAUAUUUUCUGGAAGCAUUCCUCCCCUCGCAACUCUGUAUGUCCACCUUGCCUCCCUCCGCUGUGAGGAAAAUAUAAAUAUAUAUAUACAGUAUGAUGAAAUACAAAGUGUAAAGUUUUCAUGUAAAAUAAAGGAUAAAAGAAGCUCUACACAUAUUGGGAUGUAAUCUUCCAAGCUUUUGGUGAAUUAUUCAAUAAAUAAUAAAAAAGGG